UGUGCAGUUGUCGAACUAUAUACAGUGCGACCAUUACAUCUAGCGAAUUAAAAUUGGAAAGUAAUAGUUAAACUUGACACGAAUUUCAGUUGAAAAUGAUGCAAUUCGAUUAAAUUUAUGUGAUAUGUGCGAAUUCAAUUAAAUGUCAUUGGUGAAUUAUUAUUCGUAUUUAAAACCACUGGAAAAUUUAAAGUUCCAAUAUUUCUGUGAUAUAUUUUUGUAAGUAAUUGUGCGGUAUUAGUUUUUGUGGCUGUGAUUUAUUUUUAGUUUGCUUGACAAUUUUUUUAUGUGACAAUGGAAUCGAAAAAGAUAAAGAAACGUUCUUACCCAAAAUCAGUAUUUUUCAUCGUCAGCAAUGAAUUUUGCGAGAGAUUCAAUUACUAUGGAAUGCGAACGGUCCUCAUCUUAUACCUUACAAACAUUCUUUUUUAUUCCGAUGCGGAUGCUAAAAUCAUUUACCACUCCUUCAAUAUGUUCUGCUAUUUCUUCCCAAUUUUCGGCGCCAUUAUCUCAGACAGUUAUUUGGGAAAAUUCAAUACGAUUUUCUAUGUAUCGAUGAUAUACGCCUGCGGUAGUGUAUUGCUAACGUUGUCUGCUAUUGAUCCAUUAGGAAUUCCUCAGAAGGCAUUCACAGUCAUAUCACUGCUGCUCAUGGCGAUAGGUGCAGGAGGAAUAAAACCAUGCGUGUCCGCAUUCGGUGGAGAUCAGUUCAUGCUGCCUCAACAAGAACUUCAAUUAGCGACGUUCUUCUCGCUCUUCUAUUUCUCCAUUAACGCAGGAAGUUUGAUCUCAACGUUUUUAACGCCGGUGUUAAGAAACGACGUGCACUGCUUCGGAAACGACAGCUGCUUUCCUUUGGCUUUUGCUGUACCUGGUGUUUUGAUGAUCAUUUCUAUUGUUAUAUUCGCCCUCGGUAGACCUCUAUAUAAAAUUAAAAAACCACAAGGGAACGUUAUAGUCGAUGUUGGAAAAUGUAUAUCGCACGCCAUUGUACGUAAGAUCAAAUCAGAUGAAAAACGCGACCAUUGGUUGGAUUACGCCGAAGAACAAUACGGAUCUCAAUUAGUAAGCGACAUCAAAGCCACCCUUCACGUACUGGUUUUAUACAUUCCGCUUCCAAUCUUUUGGGCCCUCUAUGAUCAACAAGGUUCCGGAUGGACGCUGCAAGCCGUCAGAAUGGACGGCGACAUCGGUUUUUAUACGAUUUUACCGGACCAAAUGCAAGUGGUGAAUCCCCUGCUGAUUUUGGCUUUCAUUCCCAUUUUUACGUACUGGGUGUACCCGCUCUUGGCCAAAGUGAACCUGUUGAAGGUUUCUUUGCAUCGGAUGAUUUGCGGCGGAUUUUUGGCAGCAGUUGCUUUCGCAAUAACAGCCUUGAUAUCGAUUGCCAUAGAAAACUCCGAUCCCAUAUUACCAUCAAGCGGUAAUAUCCAGCUUCGAUUGUACAACCCAAACCUCGAUUGUCCCGUUACUGUUACUGCAGACUUCAACAAUUUUACCUCUAAAGUAGAAUCGAAUGAUUACCGAAUAUACAGAGGAAUCGAACUCCCAGAAUCCAAAAAUAUUACUUUUAAUUUUGAAUCGAGUUGUUUCGAGCCAUUUUCUCAAGUGCAUCAGCUAGAUCCGGCCAAGGCUUAUGGAAUUUUGACUAGAAAAGGCAGCGCUGAAAUUUACAAAGAUGACGUUGCCAAGAAUAAAAAAGGAAAUGCAGUUGUAAGAACCUUAGAUUUUGCUGGUGAUCAGACAGUGAAAUACGUAAAUUCAAAGGAAUCGACAAUCACAAAAAACACAACAACUGCCGUGGAAGUUCCCUCUCCUGGAAAAUAUUCAAUAGAGAUCAAUGGUAAACCCACAGGAAAAUUUGUGGUAUUUAAAUUGGGUGGAGUCUACGCUGUCAUGAUAAAACAGAACGGCAGUGACGUCAUAACGAACAGCAUAAUAGUGACGGAACCCAACAGCGUUCACAUACUUUGGUUGCUGCCGCAGUACUUCAUCAUAACGGCCGGCGAAAUUAUGUUCUCGAUUACCGGAUUGGAGUUUUCCUAUUCCCAAGCGCCGGUUACUAUGAAAUCCUUACUGCAAGCGUGCUUCCUUUUGACCACGGCCUUCGGAAAUUUGAUCAUCGUCGUUAUCGAGUCGAUUAAAAUAUUCGAUAAACAGAGUAACGACUUCUUCCUCUACACCGGUUUGAUGGUGAUAGACAUUGUUAUCUUCGCCUUCAUGGCCAUGCGAUAUAAAUACGUCAAUUUUGAAGAUUCGGACGUUUCGGAAGAAACCAUUCCAGAAAUCGAAGAUGAAAAGAGUGAAAAGAAAGAAAAGAAUGGCAUCGAAAAUCCAUCGUUCGUCAAAACCUAAUAAGAAAGGUCUUUUUUUGUAAAGUGUACUUAAAUAUUUAUUAGAUUAUGUAAAAGACCUAGAUAUGCCUACUUUAAAAUAAAAAUAAAAAGUAUUUGUCAGGCAUAACGCUGUUUAGCAGAAAUGACUCGUUACAAUUGUAAUAAUGUCCAAAAACAUUCUAAUUAGGACUUGGAAUUCGGGUGUUAUGGGAUAUAAAUACGCCCCUACUUUAUAGUAUUGACUUUUUGCAAUAAUGAAGCAAAUAUUCAGUUGGUCCAGCCAUUCUUUACACGUACUUCAUAUCUAAUAUGCAUACGAAAUGAGCAGUGUCGUUCCAAAUAAACUAAAAAGUGAAAUUUUUUGAUUGACUGUACCAAAGAACAAUAUAUAGAACUGUCAACUGUCACUUAUGCCUGUUGAAGUGUCAUUUGUCAAUUAUCGAAAUUUGUAAAUGAGCAAUGAAGCUUGAGCAGUGACGAGCAGAUAUAAGUGAAUUAUAAAAUUGUUCCAAUUUUGGUACAAUUGUACACCUAGUACAAUAUUUUUAUUCCGACUAACAUUUUCCAUUUUUAAAUGAAGAAAUUCUAUAUAAGAUAAAAUAAUUAUUUCUUUGAAGACAUUCCAAACAAAAUGCCCAUAGGUUAUAACAGAUUAUAAUAUGGCAACCCUGUGGGUCUGGUGAUUUGACAGUAUCGAUGAAAUAGAUAGUUAUAUAGACUGAUCAUCUAUGUUUUUCAAAAUAAACAUAAGCUUAUGGCUUAAAGUAAAAAUGUAGGUAAUUAUUUUGUUUACUAUAAUCAAAGGCUGAAAAUAUUUGUUUCAAAACACAUUUUUGUUAAACUGAUUCUGAUUAAUGAACACUUGCAAUAUGGCCGCUCGCAAAACAACCCGCUUUGAGCAAUCUAUAUGUAUAACUACAUGUUUCAUUGACCCUGUCAAAGACAACAGAACCACAGGGUUGCCAUAUCAUAACCUGUCAUUAUCCACGGGCAGCAUUUUGACAGGUCCUUGGAAUGUCUAAUUCUAUAGGAUGUUCCAUUUCAUGAGAAACUCGACUGGAAUUAUGAUGACAAAGAACAUUGAUGUCUCAGAAUAUAAAUAUACGUCCUAGGUGCCUUCACAGUUCUCCUUGAUACAUACAAGAGAGGGACAUAUAGCCGCGAAUUUUAUUAAAUAGUUUUACUACUCAUAUUUUUACCCCCUCUCCAUCUACGAGUGUCCCUUUCAAGUAGAUUGCGAUUUAAUUUUGAAACUACAGUUUCCGCGCCAAAGAGAUAAAGGUGUUGAGAGCUGGACUCUCGAAAUCUCCUUUGAUCAGGUUAAAGGCCAGGAGGAUAAUUAUGGGAGAUGAACCGUACAUGUAAUGAUUUUUACAUAAAUAAUAAUAUAAUUAUUUGUACAAUUUAUUUAUUUAUUUAUUUACUAAUUUAGAAAUAUUAACACACAUAUUAACAUUCUUCAGAAGGCAAUCGGUCACUCAAUUUUGGAUGACAUCCACAUAAAAUAUAUGUGAUCACUGUAUCCCUUCGGCUCGGCGACUAUAGUCAAAUUUACUGACGGUAUACCUCGAUUAUCAAAACAUAUUUAGCUCCUCAAAAUACAGAUAAUAACUAAAGUUAUCCUGCUUUUUACAUUUAAAAGAGCAAUUUUUAUACAUUAAUGAUUAACGGGUAAACAACCGCUGGACCAAAUGUACUGUACAUAUAUUGUUGUAAAUAUAUUUUUAAAUAAAUUAUUUUUAGUA